GUCUGUGUCUUUUCUUUCUUUGUAGAUCCCAUCCUUUAGAGAUCUCCAACCUGCAGCUAUAUCCUUCUCCCGUUAAAAGGAAUCAAAACAAGAACACAGCAAAGAUGUCCAAUUCCAGAAAAGUGGUCAAGUUGUUCUAUGAUGUCAUCUCUCCUUAUUCCUGGCUGGCAUUUGAGGUGUUGUGUCGCUAUAGAAAUGUUUGGAACAUCGACCUCAAAUUCAAACCGGCACUUUUAGGAGCAGUCUUUCAAGGUUCAGGUAACCAGGAACCUAGAUUGGUCCAAAAUAAGUUUUCUUACUUGGUCACAGAUUUGAAGCAGAUGUCUGAGUUAUUUGGGGUUCCUGUGGAUCCACAUUUGCCUUGUAAAAAAGGCACUUUGAAUGUGAUGCGUUUUGUGACAGCUGUAGCUGAGAAAGAAGAAGAGAGAGGUGUGCUGGUGGAAAGGGUGUCUAGAGAGCUCUGGAAGAAUAUCUGGAGCACUCAUCAGGACAUUAGCCACCCUGCCUUACUAACUGAGGCAGGAUUAAAGGCAGGUCUCUCAGCCAAUGAGGUGGAGGAACUUCUAAUCCUUUCCAAAUCUCAGCAAAUCAAAGACAAGCUGAAAAGUGUGACACAGGAAGCACUGGACUAUCGUUCUUUUGGCCUUCCAUUCAUUGUGUGUCAUGUGAACGGGAACGUUGAGGUCUUCUUUGGUUCCGACAGAUUUGAGCUCAUGGCCCAUCGAAUCGGGGAGAAAUGGGUGGGACCUCAUCCUGUCAAAAUCUAAAGCCAAUAUGUGAUCACUGCUUUAUCUUAUGUGUCAGAGAAACUACUGCGCAGCCAUCUUUAGAAUUUUGGGUUUGAACUUUUG